AUGAAAGUAGAUGCCAGCCUCCCCGUACGUAUCCUCACCCACAACAUCCGGUAUGCGACUUCGCAGCCGUUCAAAGGAGAAAAGCCGUGGGCAGACCGAAGACAGCUGCUGUUGAACGAACUGGUCUACAAUACUCGGCAUGUCGGCGAGUCUUUCAUUGGCCUGCAGGAAGUCCUGCACGUGCAACUGGUGGACAUUCUCGCUGGGUUGAACAAUGAGGACGAUGCUCCGUGGGCGUACAUUGGAGUCGGACGAGACGACGGGGAGAAGAAGGGUGAAUACUCGCCGAUUAUCUACCGGCCGCAAGUCUGGCACCUGCGCCGCUGGGAAACAGUCUGGCUUUCCGAGACUCCCGAGAAGCCGUCAAAAUCAUGGGAUGCAGCAUCGAUCCGCAUUGUAACUAUUGGGGUCUUCAGGCAUCGAGCCACGGGCCACACGGUGCUAGUGUUAAACACCCACCUCGACGACCAAGGCGCUCGGUCGCGGUCAGAAGCGGCCCGCAUAAUCCUCCGUAAAAUCGCUGAGCAUUGCGAUGGGUCUUACAGCAACGAAAGCAUAUCCGGAGUCAUCCUGACGGGCGACUUCAACAGCCAGGAGACACAAGAGGCAUACCAGGUGCUGACGGCUGCAGACUCGCCCUUGGUCGAUAGCCAAAUGCUGACAAAGCCAGCAGAACGGUACGGGAAUGAGAUUACCUGGACUGGGUUCGGAUAUGCAGAAGAGCCUCUUAAGAGAAUCGACUAUGUUCUGCUAGGGCCUGCAGACAAGAAGCCUUCCACGCCGCAGCAGGGCGCCCCCGGUUUGCCGUGGGCUUCCGUGGGAUAUGCGGUCUUGCCCAAUCGGUUUGAUGAUGGAGUCUGGAAUUCCGACCACCGCGCCGUCGUCGUAGAUGCGGUGCUGAGCAGAGACUGA